GCGCCAGGCACCGGGACCAGAGGGACCCGAGAAGCGGCCGGAGCCGGGCUGGACCGUCGCCCGCCUGCGAGCCCGCAGCCUCCGCGCCCUCCGCCUCACCGGCUGGCCGGCGGCUAGCGGCGUCUGAGGAAGUGUUUAAAAUGAAGAAGUUUAAUUUCCGAAAAGUUUUGGACGGUUUAACUGCCUCUUCCCCUGGCAGUGGCAGCGGCAGUGGCAGUAACAGCGGUGGGGCUGGAAGUGGCUCGGUGCAUCCAGGAGGGACUGCAGGGGUUCUCAGAGAGGAGAUCCAGGAAAGCCUGACUUCAGACUAUUUCCAGAUUUGCAAGACAGUUCGGCAUGGUUUUCCUUAUCAGCCCACAGCACUGGCCUUUGAUCCAGUCCAGAAAAUCUUGGCUAUUGGAACGAGAACAGGUGCUAUACGAAUACUUGGGAGGCCUGGUGUUGACUGUCACUGCCAGCAUGAAAGUGGUGCGGCUGUCUUGCAGCUCCAGUUCCUGAUCAAUGAGGGCGCUUUGGUUAGUGCGAGUUCAGAUGACACACUUCAUUUGUGGAAUCUGAGACAGAAAAGGCCAGCCAUUCUUCAUUCUCUUAAGUUUAACAGAGAACGAAUUACUUACUGUCAUCUACCUUUCCAGAGUAAAUGGCUCUAUGUUGGAACAGAAAGAGGAAAUACACAUAUUGUAAAUAUUGAAUCUUUCAUUCUUUCUGGAUAUGUCAUCAUGUGGAACAAAGCAAUUGAACUAUCCACCAAGACUCAUCCAGGCCCAGUUGUUCAUUUAAGUGAUAGCCCAAGAGAUGAAGGGAAACUUUUGAUAGGUUAUGAAAAUGGUACUGUAGUAUUCUGGGAUUUGAAAUCUAAAAGAGCAGAACUGAGAGUUUAUUAUGAUGAGGCUAUUCAUUCAAUUGAUUGGCAUCAUGAGGGCAAACAAUUCAUGUGCAGCCAUUCGGAUGGUAGCUUGACUUUAUGGAACCUGAAAAGCCCAAGUCGCCCUUUCCAAACCACAGUUCCACAUGGAAAAAGUCAAAGAGAAGGAAGAAAGUCUGAGCCUUGUAAACCGAUUCUUAAAGUGGAGUACAAAACCUGCAGGAACAGUGAACCAUUUAUAAUAUUCUCUGGUGGGCUGUCAUAUGACAAAGCUUGCAGAAGACCAAGUUUAACCAUCAUGCAUGGAAAAGCAAUUACAGUACUUGAAAUGGACCAUCCUAUUGUUGAAUUUCUAACUUUAUGUGAAACACCUUAUCCAAAUGAAUUUCAAGAACCCUAUGCUGUUGCUGUACUUCUAGAGAAAGAUCUCAUUGUAGUCGAUCUGACACAAACCAAUUUUCCAAUCUUUGAAAAUCCAUACCCAAUGGACAUUCAUGAGUCACCAGUUACAUGCACAGCAUAUUUUGCCGAUUGCCCUCCAGAUUUGAUUCUAGUACUCUAUUCUAUAGGAGUCAAGCAUAAAAAGCAAGGAUACAGUAAUAAGGAAUGGCCAGUAAGUGGAGGAGCUUGGAAUCUUGGAGCACAAACUUACCCAGAAAUUAUUAUUACUGGUCAUGCUGAUGGAUCAAUAAAAUUUUGGGAUGCCUCUGCAAUGACUCUACAGAUGUUGUACAAGUUAAAAACUUCAAAAGUAUUUGAAAAGCAGAAGGUAGGAGAUGGCAAACAAGCGUGUGAAAUUGUAGAGGAAGAUCCAUUUGCUGUGCAGAUGGUUUACUGGUGUCCAGAGAGCAGAAUAUUUUGUGUAUCAGGAGUCUCUGCGUAUGUCAUAAUUUAUAAAUUCAGCAGACAUGAAAUUACAACAGAAAUUGUGUCAUUAGAGGUACGACUUCAGUGUGAUGUUGAAGAUAUUAUCACCCCUGAGCCAGAAACAAGUCCUCCAUUUCCAGAUCUCUCCUCUCAACUCCCCUCUUCAAGGAGUCUUUCUGGAAGCACCAAUACUGUGUCAAGUGAAGGGGUGACGAAGGACAGCAUCCCGUGCCUCAGUGUUAAAACACGGCCAGUGCGGAUGCCGCCGGGCUAUCAAGCCGAUCUUGUUAUUCAGUUGGUGUGGGUGGAUGGUGAGCCUCCUCAACAGAUUACCAGCCUUGCUGUAAGCUCAGCGUAUGGAAUAGUCGCAUUUGGAAACUGCACUGGGUUGGUUGUGGUGGAUUUUAUACAGAAGACAGUACUAUUAAGUAUGGGAACCAUUGACCUCUAUAGAUCUAGUGACCUGUACCAGCGACAGCCCCGGUCUCCUCGAAAAAACAAGCAGUUCAUUGCAGACAACUUUUGCAUGCGUGGGCUGUCUAACUUUUAUCCUGAUUUAACGAAACGGAUCCGUACUUCCUAUCAGAGCUUAACAGAGCUGAACGAUAGUCCAGUUCCCCUGGAACUUGAGCGCUGCAAGUCUCCCACUUCAGGACUUGCCACCAGAACUCCUGAGGCAGCACCAGGCUUUUAUAGGAAUGAAAUGCCAGCUGGGAGACAGAGGAAUCAAGUACACCACUUGCCAGGUGAAGUCAAAGGAUCAAGAAAGUUAAGUCUGCCAACAGAUCUUAAGGCUGAUCUUGACCAUGUAAAUGGACACUGCACAAGUCCAACCUCUCAGAGUUGCAGUUCUGGAAAACGUCUUUCCAGUGCUGAUGUUUCAAAAGUAAAUCGCUGGGGUCCUGGAAGACCACCAUUUAGAAAGGCACAGUCAGCUGCUUGCAUGGAGAUUUCUUUACCAGUUACAACUGAAGAAGCCAGAGAGAAUUCCUAUAACCGCUCCAGGAGCUCUAGCAUCUCCAGUAUUGACAAAGACUCCAAAGAAGCGGUUACAGCUUUAUACUUCAUGGAAUCCUUUGCGCGGAAGAACGACUCCACUGUUUCGCCUUGUCUUUUUGUUGGAACUAGUCUGGGAAUGGUUUUACUCAUCUCCCUGAACCUACCGUCAUCAGACGAACAAAGGUGUACAGAGCCAGUGAUGGUAUUGCCAAGUGGUACUCUCCUCUCACUGAAAGGAGCUGUGCUAACAUUUUCCUGCAUGGACAGAAGUGGCAGCUUAAUGCAGCCUCCAUAUGAAGUAUGGAGGGAUCCGAACAACACAGACGAAAAUGAGAAAACGUGGAAGAGGAAACUGGUUAUGAACUACUCCAGUGCAUCCCAAGAAACAGGCGACCAUCAGUAUGCAAUAAUCUGCUCAGAGAAACAAGCCAAAGUCUUCUCACUGCCGUCUCAGACCUGCCUUUAUGUUCACAACAUCACAGAGGCCUCUUUCAUACUGCAAGCAGAGGUGGUGGUCAUGUGUAACAGUGCCUGCUUGGCCUGCUUUUGUGCAAACGGGCAUAUCAUGAUAAUGAGCUUACCUAGCCUUCGCCCAAUGUUGGAUGUAAAUUAUUUGCCACUGACAGACAUGAGGAUAGCACGGACAUUUUGUUUUACUAAUGAAGGCCAAGCGUUAUACCUUGUCUCUCCUACUGAAAUUCAACGGUUAACAUAUAGCCAAGAAAUGUCUGAUAAUAUUCAGGACAUGUUAGGCGAUUUGUUUACUCCCAUUGAGACACCAGAAGCUCAAAAUAGAGGCUUUCUCAAGGGGCUGUUUGGUGGAAGUGGACAGACAUUUGACAGAGAGGAGCUCUUUGGGGAGGCUACAGCGGGGAAAGCAUCCCGCAGCCUUGCACAGCACAUUCCCGGACCAGGUAGUAUAGAAGGGAUGAAAGGCGCCGCCGGAGGGGUGAUGGGAGAGCUGACCCGAGCCCGAAUUGCACUCGAUGAGAGAGGACAGAGGCUGGGGGAGCUGGAAGAAAAGACCGCAGGCAUGAUGACCAGUGCAGAAGCGUUCUCCAAGCAUGCACACGAGUUAAUGCUGAAAUACAAGGAUAAGAAAUGGUACCAGUUCUAACCGUCAAAAGAAGUUGUGACUGCUUUGAGAAUCCAUUAUUCAGGGAAACCAAAUUUAUUCCCAGCAUCACUAUUCAACUGCUAGAAACCAGUUUCUUCCACAAAAUGUUCCAUUAUAGUCCAUCCGAAAUUAUCACACGGAGGCGUAGCAAAGGCAAAGCCGCUGUGCACCUUGGAAGCUGCAACCCCGGUUAAAAUCCCAAGAUAAUGGCUGAAUUUGUCUUUUCCCCAUGUGGAAUGGAUCCUAUCAUCUUGGCAUGUAAUUUGCUAAGAAUUUAUGUUUGGAAACUAUUGGGGAGUCCUUUUGAUUUGAAAUUUCCUGUACAAACAAAAGCAUUAAUGCACUUAAUGAAAAAAAUCUUUGCAUGAUAAAUUAACAUCUUAAGAGGAAAAGAAACCAAAGCAUGUUCUAUCAGAAGAAAAAGGAUUUAUGGUGAACUCCUCUUCUGAUUGGGCCACACCCGACAAUUUAAAAAUCUGCAUUAGAAGAUAACCCUGCAUUUCAAGUGGACCUGCCAUACCCAUCCAAACAGGAAUCCAAACAAACCCAGAGUUUUUUCUCAUCUGAAACCUUCCUUAGUAUAUUAGGACACUACUGAGUUCUCCUAAGCAAGAAUCUGACUAACGUUUUCCUCCCUCCACAGCAUCGCACAUCAUCCACAGCUCUCCUUAACCAAGGCUGGCCAGGAUAGUGAAGGACUCCCAGCACUCUUAACUCCUGUGUCUGUCACCUUCAGGAUGAGUUCCUGCUUUUAGUCAUCAACCGAGCAGGGUUGAUUCACCUCAAAGCAUUUUUUCAGCCUGGUGUAUAGUCUCCAGAGGAGUUGGCGAUAAGUUUGCAGAAACUAGACUAUAGGAAUAAGGCAGUUAGUUAUGAGAACUGAUUUCACAAAGAGUGGAAUUUCACAUACCCCAAUUUCAGUUUCCAAAGCGAUAUAUUUUUAAAGCACCAUUUGUAUCCUUAUCUGCCAGUUACACAGUAUAUUACUGUUCAAACCCAAUAGGGUCUACAAUCCCAAGGUGCUUAUGCAGCCUGACAUUCACAGACCAAACUGGUCCUUCUCAUCGAUGUGAUUCAGUAAAACCUCAGUUAAUGUUUUAGGAAAGAGAUUCUGAGUUAUUACAUUUCUGAUUGAUAAGGGCUUUUAUUAGAAAAUUCUUUGGGGUGCAAUGUUUAUUAAAGGAACCUUUAUGAAACCUAGUGCUAUUUUAGCUAUGUUGGCCAUAGUCAUCAUUAUGAAUAACACAAACCCAUAGAUAAUUUAACUAAUUAGAUUGACAAAUUGUCACAGGAAUAUGUUAGUAAAUACCAAACACCUUUUUAAAAUCUCUCAAAAGUAAAGGUCAGCUCUAGCAUGAUAAAAUAAUCUGUUCCAACUCAGCAGAGGAGCGCUACACAGAAAAUAAUGGCAACUCUUACUACUCGCUCUAUUGAACAUGCUUGGAAGUCAGAACAUAGGACUCACCUGACAACGUGUUGCUCCUUUUUACAACCUUAAAUUAUGUGGUUGAGAGCCGGGCGCACGCCUUUAAUCCCAGCACUCGGGAGGCAGAGGCAGACGGAUCUCUGUGAGUUCGAGACCAGCCUGGUCUACAAGAGCUAGUUCCAGGACAGGCUCCAAAACCACAGAGAAACCCUGUCUCGAAAAACCAAAAAAAAAAAAAAAAAAAAAAAAAAAAAAUGUGGUUGAUUUGUUUACUGGCUCUUGGUGAUUUGAUGCCUUGCUGGGUUGCAUUGGUGUUUAAAACAUAACCAUUUCUUCCAACUUCACAGACAAAAUUGCCAUUUUUAUUGGUUUUAUAUUUUUUGUUUUGAAGUGGUGCUUUCUUUAAAUUUUUCUUUGCAAUCUUGAAAAGAGAGCAGAGGUGGUUAAAAGAGCUCGAAAAUACACACUAGAGUAGCAUUUCUUAGAAUCCUUGAAUUCUUUUCUUAAAAAACAUCUCUCCCUAAGUCUACCUUCUGCUAUAGUAUUAGCAUAAAAGAACUUGUCUUGGAAAUACAGAAAAUACACACAUUUAUGCAGUAAAAAUAUUAAUGGAAUUUAAGGUCAGGACCUGGAAAACAUUGGCAGCCAAAAUGUAACACACAAUUUAUACUAUCUGUUUUAAGAACCCAAGUUUCUGAUUUUUCUGGAUACUUUAACAUUUCUACAUUAUAAAAUGAUCUAAAAGAAUAAAAUACUUCUUUUGUUUUGAAAUAGUGAAAUUCAACCCAAUGUAGCAUUGAAUUCAAUGACUAUCUCUGAAACUCCCAGGAAUAUUUAACUUGCUUUAGCGAUACAGCUCAGGGGAGAGUGCUUGCCCACCAUGUUCAAACUCUGGGUUCAAUCCUCAACAACACACAUACAAAUUCACUUGUUCUAUAGCAAGAGUUCUCGAUAGCAGCAUCGUUAGUGCAAGUUUUUGUCUAGCAUAUUAUGGGAUGUUAACAGUGCCCUUGACUUCUGCCCUCUAGAUGCCAUUAGAGACCUGCUAGUAAUAACAGUAAAAAGAAAAAAAAAAGGAUAAAAUUGCUUCCAGUUGAGAGCUACUAUUUUACAUCAUUUAAAGAGAAAGACUGUGAAAUACAUAAUGUAUGUUUUUUUUACAGAAAAUAGCAUGCAACAAGAGCACAUUCUCUUAGAAAGAGAAUUCCACCCAAAAUUAUAUGUGUGAUUCAUACAAUAGAGCUCAAUUUUGAAGAAUCAGUGAACUAACAAUUACAGACUACUUCAAAGCACACAGAGAAUAUAUCAAAAAGGGACAUCCACAGUGUUUGAUAGACAUGCUUAAAAUUCUGACUUCAACAAAUAAAUCAAAAAGUUUAUAAAUAGAGAUCAUUUGGAGUAGGUGCUUCUGCCAUGCUUAAAAAGAACACGUUUUCAUGAAUGUUUAAAGCUUAGACGUGCUUACAAAAUUGUUUGCCAAACCCUUUCUUCAUAUAAGAGUAAUUUAUCCCUCAAAUCAAUGAUUAGCAGAAUCUAAAUUAAUGAGGUUUUACUGUAUCAAAAUUAUUUUUAUAAUUCAAAGAGAUAGCAAUAACAAUAAUUUAACCAUGGAUGUGAUUUUUCUUUUUCAACUUUUCUGUUCUGUUGCAUUAACCUUCACACACACGCACACACAUCACCACCACCACCACCACCACCACCACCACCAUUUUGCCAUCAUGGUUAUCUUAGGGAAAUGAGUAGUGUUAUACAUUUAAUCUUCUGCAUUUUCUCAUCUCUCUUCUGUCUUGGAUCACAUGGAAAACUAUCCCCAGAAACUUUAAUAGUGCUGCAGAAGGUGGCCCUGAGUCUUGGUUACCAUCUAAUUACAUUGUGUCUACGAAGCAACAUCCGAAGACAAGGCUUGCAGAGCACCAUCUGCACAAGGUGACUUUACUUCCGAUCUUUCCUCAACAGAAAAGCCCUUAGUGUUCCAGCAGAAAAUGGACCUUUCAUUCUAUUCACCAAUGAUGUAAUAGAAGAUGUACGUGUUUCCCUGGUUCUCACAGUAACGUAAGCAAUGAUCCUGUUAUGAAGCCAUCCACUUGUCCCGGAGUUUGGGUGGAGGGUGAUCUCACUUAUUUCAAUCCCCUGAAAAAGUUGUGUGUCUGACUUUGCUUCUAUACUUCCCUGAGUCCCCGACUUAGCACUCAGUCACCAUGGGGGCCAUUGUAUGUCGUAUGAGCAAAGCUUCAGUGACAAACUGAGACGAUGUCCAGCAACUCCAUCCUAGAAACAUUUCUCAAGUCUUUUGGAAUUGAUUCUCUAUAAAAUCUAGGUCUCUAACCUUAAAAAGUUUAAAGAGAUUUUAAAAAAUGAGGUUCCCUUUUAUAUGACCCACCAAUACCAUUUUAAAGGUAUCAUUUACCCAUUAUUUGUGCCAGUUUGAAAAAACAAAAGGUAAGAUUAGGCCCGAGAUUGGUUGAAGACUAAGGUGGGUUCUUUGAGAUACUUGGCUCGCAGGCAUUUGGGUAGAGUAAUAUGAUGAAGCUAGCUGGACAGGAGAACUACUAGGAUAUUUGUCCUACAAGCAUCCCUGACCACACGGGUUCACAGAGGGCAGUGACAAAGAAAGCCAGCAUGUCAGAUACAGUCUUGCUCUCUGUGUGUUAGGAAAAAUACCAGCUUCACAGCUUCUUCACCUCCUGUCACUCAGCCUCAUCUUAGGUGGUAGCAUUGUGUAUGCACACUAAUCAGAGAGCCUGAGAAAACUGUCACCAACAUAGGUUGAGCAUUGUCUCUCAUAUGAGAGAUUCUAGGAAGCAUGGCUGAUAAAUCGUUUAGUAUUCCUAUCUACAGACCACGUAGCCCUGGAUGUAAGAACUAAAUAAGGUCUCAUGUAGACACUGAGAAGGUGCAGCGUGAGGGGGUGGUGUCGGGAAGGCCAUGAGAGUCUUGAGGGAAGUGAGGUUUUGAUUCGACCACAGCACAGGCAAAGGCCUAUGUUUGUAUCUUUGGUUUGUAUUUUUUUUUUAAGUAUAGCUUUGGCUGUACAUAACAAUCUCUUGAGAUUUUUUAAUUCCCAAUGAUUUAAAAAUGUCUUAGACUUGGAACAGAACAUCAGUAUUUUUGAGAGCCCUAAAAGCGGGUCUAUGUCCAGCCAAAGUUGCUAAGCGCUGCUCUGUGACCAACUAAGAAAGAUUCUUGCCUUCCUGGGCUGAUAUUUUAGCCCCUUCUAAGGGUUCGGGAAAGGCAGAAUGUAAGAGACACAGCCUUGUCUUGAUUGGCAUUUAUUCUGUGCCUCUCACAGAACAAAAGUGAGUGCACAUUUCUAGCCAGGCAGCGCCACUAAUUCUUUGUAUAUCUAGAAUAUUAUUCUCUGUGACUUGAUCCUUAGUUAUUUUAAGUCAACAUUGUAAGUUUUGACUGUCUUUUACAUAAGAUACAAGAAAUAUCACCAUAAGUUCAGCAGUAUAUAAAGCUAAGUGGUAAAAAUCCUCAGUAUCUGGACAAUGAAAAUUCUCAAAAUAAUCACAAAGUCCAUCAGCUCCAAGUUUAUUACGCACCCAUCUUCUGGAGCAGACAUGGUGAAUGGCCCCUGCUCAGCUGUGGGUAUCUUACUGGACCUGAUCUCAGCAAACAGGGAGGAUUGUUUGAUUGUUGUCUCAACAGCCAGGGCCGCUUGGGAAUGUGAGUGAAAGGAAAGUCACCUUCUGAACACCAGGGCCCUGAAAAAGUGUUCACACCCCCAGAAAGGACUGGUCCAGCCAGGGGAAGGCAGCCAAUGGAAGGCAAGGACACACAGAAACUGUUCUGACCGCUCUCCCCUUGUGCCACUCCCCCUCCUGUCUUGGCCCACCCUUCUCAACUGCAAAGCCAGAAGAUACACUAGGUGGUGGUUUUGGAUAGUUGUACACAGGUUCAAAAUCCCUAAUAACCUAUAAUUUUUAGUACUUAAUUAUGUGAUGUUUUAUUCUAGGAAAUAAGAGACAGACAACACCAUUGAUGUAUCUUUCUUUCAUCUUCAGAAUUUUUGCAUCUUUUCAAAAAAAUGACAAAUUACUAUUUUUCUGUUGCAUUCAGCAAUUGUGACUAUACCUAAAAUUCUUGUAGUCUGUAGAGAGAUCAAUAAAAUUGUAUAUGUUUGUACAUAGAUGCUCUCUUAUGUCAUGAUGUCAUAACUGUUCAUUUUUGCCAAGAUUAAACGUAUAGAGGUAAAGCCCUCAUUUGCAAACUGUGAACUAUGGUUUUACCAAGAAUGAAUGUUUUUAAAAGACACGGAGGGGAUGGAAAAACAUAUUUAUUUGAGCAAAAGAGGAAACAAAAUCCAAGUUUCUGAAAUGUAUAAAUUCUAUUACAGUUAAUUGAUUGAAAGGGUUAGAAACAUCCAUUCAAAAUUUCUAUCAAAUUGGAGACAUGUUAAAAAUUUUAGUGAAAAUUUUCAUUUUAGCGAAAAUUUAAAGGUAAUUUGCAAGGCUAUUGACUGAAUUGUACUUGUGAUGGAAGGAAAGUUGAAGGAAAUUUACUAAUAGUACCCAUAAGACACUGCUGUGGCCCAGGGCUUAGAGACUCUUUAGGCCUUGACUUCCUUUUUCAGCUCAAGCAGAAAAACAAAUUUGUUGUGAGUUUAUACUACCAUCUAGUGGUCAUGGUCGGCAUUCUCAGAUGAAAGCGUCUGAGCCAUUUGGCUUUUGCCAGCUUCGUUAAUUCCCCCCUGGUGUUUUCUUUAGAUUCUACCGGAGGCCUAAGCCAGCCAACCUUACCCUUCCACCUUCUAAUUAGCUUAGGGAAAUCCAUUCUUCACCACAAGCUUUCUCCUACAGUUGGAUCUGUAUAACAUUGAAAAAAUCACAGCUAGCCCUAGGCUACAAAAUAAUUUUGAGUAAAAGGACAAAUAUCUAAUCUCAAUUUUAGAUUUUCCCCAGGAGGACCAGUUCAUCUCAUCUUUAAUACAGCGACUCAAGCCCACAGCCCUGCAUUUAACACUCUCUUUUGCUUCCUUCCCCCCCUCCUUCCCCCAUCCUUCCUUCAGUCACCCCUCCUCCCUGCAAUCCCUUCCUUUCCUGCCAUUGGCUCUAGUGGAAGGGCGACCACAGACUGGAGCAGGUGAGCAGCAGAGGGGCCUCCCACACAGGCUCAUCUCGCUGGAGCGGGUGAGAGGAGCAGUCACCUCACAGAAAAUCAGAGCUGGGGUGAGGAGGUGGCAGGUGAGACUUAGGUGGACAGUGACCUGGGGUUUGAGGUGGUCUUUGGAGCGGGCAGAAGACAACCCCUUUGGCUCAGCAGCGUGGCUCAAACAAGGAACUGAGCAUUUCAAUAAAUUCACUGAGGAUAUAGGAGCCAAGCUUCUCACUUAUGGAAACUGAGGAAGGGUAUACAAUUAAAAGAGAAAAUCAGAAAAGUUAUAAAGUUUGGUUUGUAUAGGUAACUGAAGUUCAUAAUUUUCAUAUUUCAGAAUGGGUAAAGGAGAGCAUUUUUACCACCAAGAACGGUAGUCGAGGGAUGAUCAGCACAAACAGCCUGGUCUUGUCAUCCCAUAAAGCAUAAAGGCACAAAACUGUCAAAGUAUUCCCUAUCAACAUGUAAUUACUAUUUCUCAAUUAAAAAUAAUAAAACUUCUUAAAGAAGCAUAGGACAAACCUGGCCAUGUCAAUUCGAAUUGGAGUUACCAGCAUGCACUUCACAUUUGUGCAUAUCUAUAUAAUUGUAUCUAUAUAAAUAGUUAUAUACAUAGACACACAUAAGUGUGCAUAGAUACUGAGGUGUGUGCAUGUUGUACAUAAUAUUUCCUAAUUCCGGACACUGAAAAGACUAGAAAGAUGCACAAGUAGUGCUGGAUUUUGAUUUCCAAAUUUUCUUCCCCUCUGAAUGAGCUGGAGGAUCUUGACUUCAAGUCUGGUAUAUACUCUGUAUCAGAAAAUAAAGUAUUCAAAGAAAGAUGGCUACAAGUCAGAAAGCGUAAGAGACAGCUUGAAUGAGUGUGCACAGGUCAAGUGAGGGCUACUUUAACCAUGAAACAAACAUAAUAAUUGAAUACAACAGGAACCCAUGGAUUCAUACUGAGAUAAAUGAAUAUGAAGGAGAGAAAGUUAUUCCCUACAAUAUCAUGCCGGCCAUUAAAUGUAAAUGGAGUUUGAAAAUUGCUGUUAGAUAAUUUAUUCUAAUAUGUUGGGAAAUAUCAGUCAGUGCUCAAACUAAUGGGGCCAAGGAGGAUGUCCGUAUAGGAUGAUUUACAUUAUCUCCCAGUGUCUUCAGAAAAUUGUCUAAUGUUUAAAAACUUACAUUCAAAAACAUGGCAGAUACCAUAUUUGUUACGGAGGGAUCAGAGUCCUCCUACCAGUAAUGGGACAAACCCUUGCCAUGUACUGAGCAGAGCACAGCAGCCCUGCCAGAACACAGACACCGGGGCUAGCCCCGUGGAAGCAUUAGACAGAGAGAAGUGACGUUCUAGAAACGGUUGCCGCGUAAGAACAAUCCGAUGUGACGAAAGACAAGGAAAGACGAAUGUUUCAGAUCUAGGAGGAAGAAACCAUGACCACUGCAUGCAAUCCAUGAUCUGAGACAUCGUACCCUAAAUGUCACGACAUAAAUGGAGCAAUUAUCAAAAUUCGAGUGUGGUUUUCCCACUUGACUACAAGUCUUUGUACCAUUCUUGAAACUUUUAUUUAGAUUUGAGCUUAUUUCAA